AUGUUUUGCUUAUUGUGUUCUUUUCCUGCCGUAAUCUGUUUUGCUAUUAUGUUUCAGACUCCACCCAGUUCUCCGAGCUCUCUUGGAUCUAGGAAAUCCAGUAUGUGUAGCAUUAGUAGCCUAAACAGCUCUUCUGACUCCUCCACGAAAUCCUACUCCCCUACACACCAUCACUACAGGUUCCGCAGCCCUUCGCAAGUUAGCAGUCAGCAUCCCCUGCCAGGCUCUCUUCGUCUAACAAGUGUUUCAUCCCAUGAUUCCGGUUUUACUUCCCAGGAUGCUUUGUUCUUGAGAUCAACCACCCCACCGUUUCUUCAUCUUCGGCAGGACAAAACUGAAGAAAGUUCUACAGGAGUUCUUAAUACAGAUCAAUCUUCUCAGCCCAGAAAAAAAACAGUAACGAACCAAGACACAGCCAGCAUCGGACCUGAUACCCAAGAAAACAAUUCAAAUCCACCAACGCCAUCAGAGAACCCGCCUUCUGCUAACUCAACCUGGAAUAACUGGCCCAACACUCCCAACUUACAGAAUUCUGAUAUGCCUCGACCACACACAAUUUCCUCUGCCUAUGAGAAGACACAUCAACGCCCUGCCCUCACGGAACAGAUGUUUGUACCCCCUUCCUCAUCCAGAGACAUGCUGGACCAAAUUGUGCAAUCCAACGAUCCCAGCCAACCUCACCCACAAGCCUCACAGUAUGGCCACAUCCGGAUGGAACGGCCUAAGAGUGCAGCAUUGAGUGGUGGAGCAACUUCCCCUUACUCUCGACCCACUUCAGCUACUAUCAACAAGAUGCAACCUGUUUUGCCCCCCCUUGGCCCUAAACCAAAAAGCAGUAAAGCUGUUCCGCCACCAACAGUUCCAGGUGGUCAUCAGCCGACCUAUGUGAACAUGACUGAUUUGGCACACAUGGCCGCCGAGAAACAACGCAAACAAGAGCAGAGACGAGAAGAACGCGAUUCGAAGUUGAUGAGCAAGUCCCAAACACAGUCACCAACAUUUAUUUCAAAAGCCAUUUUUUUGCUACCUCUCUCUCUCUCUCUCUCUCAAUAUGCCUUUUACUUUACUCUCAUUCUCUCCUUUUUGCCCUUCCACUAUCCUUUCUCUUUUCAUCUCCUCCUCUUUUCCUUCUCUUUUUCUCUCCUUCUUCCUCCUUUUUUCUCUUCUCGCUCUCUUUACAUUCCUCUUCCUCCCUUCUAUGUUUCCCUUCUUUCUCUGCUGGACUUGUUGGACAUCCAAGAAGCAAUAAGGGAUUUAGAGAAUUGCACAGCUGCUCUUCACAGCGAUUAUGAUGACGACACCGAUUCUGAUUCGGUGACCAGCCAGAAGGUCCCUAACCAGGCAAGGCUGACCCCCUCCUACUUACUUCCUCAUCACCCUUCUCAUUUUUUUCCUUUCUAUUUUCCCCCCUCCCUUUUAUCUUUGGCUCUUCUCUCUUUUAUUCUCUUUCUCACCACAUGGCUUGCUAAUCCUAAUAUUAACCACGCCAACAGCACUAAACCUUUCACAUCACAAAAAAUUUUACAGAAUCCUGUUUCUUAUUUUUUUUCCUCUCACACUCUUUCGUUUUUUUGCCCACUCUUUUUCUCUCAUUUUUUUUCUGUCACUCUCUCAUUUUUUGCUUUCUCACUCUCACUCUCGUUGUUUUUUAUCUCUCUCUCUCUCUCGUUGUUUUUUUAUCUCUCUCUCUCUCUCUCGUUGUUUUUAUAUCUCUCUCUCUCUCUCUCUCGUUGUUUUUUUAUCUCUCUCUCUCUCGUUGUUUUUUAUCUCUCUCUCUCUCGUUGUUUUUUAUCUCUCUCUCGUUGUUUUUUAUCUCUCUCUCUCGUUUGUUUUUUCUCUCUCUCUCUCGUGUUUUUUAUCUCUCUCUCUCUCGUUUUUUUUCUCUCUCUCUCGUUGUUUUUUUCUCUCUCUCUCUCUCGUUUUUUUAUCUCUCUCUUUUAUUUUUUUUUCUCUCUCUCGUUUUUUUAUCUCUCUCUCUCUCGUUUUUUUAUCUCUCUCUCGUUUUUUUUCUUUCUCUUUUUCUCUCUCUCGUUUUUAUCUCUCUCUCUCUCGUUUUUUAUCUCUCUCUCUCUCGUUUUUUAUCUCUCUCUCUCUCGUUUUUUAUCUCUCUCUCUCGUUUUUUAUCUCUCUCGUUUUUUAUCUCUCUCUCUCUCGUUUUUUAUCUCUCUCUCUCUCUCUCUCGUUUUUUAUCUCUCUCUCUCUCUCUCUCGUUUUUUUUAUCUCUCUCUCUCUUUUUUUUCUCUCGUUUUUUUUAUCUCUCUCUCUCGUUUUUAUCUCUCUCUCUCUCUCGUUUUUAUCUCUCUCUCUCUCGUUUUUAUCUCUCUCUCUCUCUCUCGUUUUUUAUCUCUCUCUCUCUCGUUUUUUAUCUUUCUCUCUCUCUCGUUUUUUAUCUUUCUCUCUCUCUCGUUUUUUAUCUUUCUCUCUCGUUUUUUAUCUUUCUCUCUCUCGUUUUUUUUUCUUUCUCUCUUUUUUUAUCUUUCUCUCUCGUUUUUUAUUUUCUCUCUCUCUCGUUUUUUUUUUAUCUCUCUCUCUCGUUUUUUAUCUUUCUCUCUCUCUCUCGUUUUUUAUCUUUCUCUCUCUCUCUCGUUUUUUAUCUUUUCUCUCUCUCUCGUUUUUUAUCUUUCUCUCUCUCGUUUUUUUAUCUUUCUCUCUCUCGUUUUUUUUUUCUUUCUCUCUCUCGUUUUUUAUCGUUUUUCUCUCUCUCUCGUUUUUAUCUCUCUCUCUCGUUUUUUUAUCUUUCUCUCUCUCUCUUUUUUUUAUCUUCUCUCUCUCGUUUUUUAA